ACGAGGUAAUCAAUCACAACAAAAAACAUGGCGGUGAAAUUUAACAGGUGGGAAGGCAGCUGAUUAAAAUUUCUUACGAGAAUGAUACGUUAAAACAAAUUUAAACCACCAAACUGGUUACUAUUCACAUGGAAUAAAAUGAUCCAUCAAAGAACCUUGUUUGGUGAAAUUCAGAAUAAACUAUGCGGAGGCAAAUAUCACAAGCUCCGACGUUGAUAAAGACUUUGGUCUGCUUGUUAUUACUUCUAACCUGCUCGCAAAUUCUCUUGUUCUCUUGCAAAUGCAGAUGUAACAACGAGGAUUGCCAAUUAUCUGGAUCGGAACCGGAGAAACGGAAGCCAAGAUCUUCACUUGUUUCUACGUUAAGCGAAGAGAGUCAAAGCAAGGAAGUUCAUAGAUUGAAAGAGGAGAUCAAAUCAUUAAAGAAGACUUUAAGCAGGUAUGAGAAAAUCAGUUCAGUUUUAGUUUCACAAGAUAUUAAUAAUUUACCAUUGAAAGUCGACGAUGACUUUGAUAUUCUGAGAGGUUUCACUCCCAGAAAUGAAUAUCAUGUCAUACCGUUUGAUAGUUUUGAUGGCGGACAUUUGUUUGGUAAAGUUGGUACUUUAUCUGAAAAUCCAGUCGAAGGACCGUCGGGACAGAGAGGAGUUGAACAUAAUGAAGUAGUACAGUUUGCUAUAAAGACAAUAAAUGAUGAUGCAGAAUCUAAAGGUGACCCUGUGUCAGCAUUUCAAUUGGCAGAAGGUAUAAUGAGGAAUGAUCGUAUACAUGGAACAGCAUAUGACUUGUACUUUAGAAGCUCCCUACCAGAUAUAUUCAAAAGGAUCAGAGUAUUUCGGCCAUUUGGCCCUUUGCAAAGCUUUGGAAACUUGGAAACAAUAGAUACAAGCAAAUUGCUGAUAAAUGUCAUUGUUCCGUUGUCUGGUCGAAUUGACAAAUUUAGGGAUUUUAUGGAGAGAUUUUUAAAUGUUGGCGUGAGAUGGGAUCAAAAAGUAUAUUUGACUGUUGUUUACUUUGGUAUGGAUGGAAGAGACGAAUUAAGAAAAAUUAUGGCUAAAAUUGAAAAUGAUGAAAAGUUCAAAGAUUACAAAAUAAUUUUUACAAGUCAAGAGUUUAGCAGGGGUGCUGGUCUUCAAAAGGGGGCUGAGUCUUGGGAGGGUGGUAAUGUUUUGAUGUUCUUUUGUGAUGUAGAUAUAUAUUUCAACCCAGACUUUCUAGAAAGGUGUAGAACGCACUCAUCCCCAGGAGCAAAGGUUUAUUAUCCAAUAGUGUUUAGUCAGUAUAAUCCUGUAAUUACUUAUGGUGGAGGUGACAUCCCAAAGCUAGAAGAUCAAAUGAAGUUGUCAAAAGAUACUGGAUUUUGGAGAGAUUUUGGUUUUGGUAUGAGCUGCCAGUAUAGAGAUGACUUUUUAAGUGUUGGUGGUUUUGAUCUUACAAUCAAAGGCUGGGGAAUGGAAGAUGUCAAACUCUACCGAAAUUACCUAGCGAGUAAAUUAAGUGUUAUUAGAGCUUAUGAUAGAGGAAUAUAUCACACUUAUCACAAGAAACAUUGUCCUAGAAACUUAGCCGAUCAGCAAUUUGUUUCCUGUUUGCAAAGCAAGGCUGUCUCAGAAGGAUCACACAAACAGAUGGGAAUGUUAGCAUUUGGGAAACACAUUGUUGGUGAGACAGACCCCCCUUGGGGUAAACUGUUGCAAUUUUCAUUGUCAGUAGCCUCAGCUCCAGAGGGUCUAACAAAAGAGCAGGAAGAACUGAUGGAAAAAAUUUAUGCUGAAGAGCGAAAUAUGAAUGGUUUGGAUGAUGGAAAAGAUAAGAGUAACCUGCAGGUUGAAAAGCAAGCACAUAUCCCAAAUGUUGGUGCCCAACUGAUGACUGCAGCACAAGAUUUUAAGCUGAUUUUGGACACAUUGAAUAAAAAGAAUAUAAGUACUGAAGUAUCUGAUGAAUUUAGCAAAAUGCAGCCAUUGCAACUAACAAUUCUAAAAAUAGCUCAGAACAUUCUGAGCAAAAAUGGUAAGAUAAAUUGAUGAAGGCAUGACUUUAUAUUUGCCAGACUUUAAUUUUCUGGCUUGCAUAUGUUUAUGUAUUGUCAGAUUUGUGUAUUCAUAUUGCUACAUAUUAAGAGCAAUACACAUAAAACGAAAGAAUUACAAAAUACUUUAAAAGAAUAAAAUUUGCAUGAAGGGAUAUUUCUUGGAGGAAUGCUCUCAGUAGCUAAGCAAAUCAGCGGAAGGGCAACCACUUUCAAAGUAUUCUGUGCUGACUGUCUUACUCAUGUUUGAUGAGAGGUGUAACUAGAUGCAAUUAUAGGACUUUGCAUAUUUUUUGCUGUAAUUCCAGUUACCUAAAAAUGCAAAGAAAACUAGAAUUUUUCACCACUAGGGUGUUACCAUUAGGAAUCUUUAAUUUUAUAUCUUUUUUUCAAGUAAACUGCAGGCCUGUAUACCAGCUCUUGAAGGUGAUUUCUGAAGGCUUAAAAUGAGAGAUUGGCAAUGUUUAUACAGUUUAUUUAAAUUCAACGAUUCCGUCAGUCAACAGAAUGGCUAUCAGCGACAAAUGAAAACGAGUUAUGUAUGCUUGUGCAUCCUUUUUCUAAGCUCUGUCAUUGUAAAUUGAAGCAACCUUACUUUGGCAGGUACUUAAUAAAAGGUCAUUGAACAAGCAAAAUCUGUUUGGAGGCAGCUAUUCAUUUUCCAUAGUUGCAUUGUUCACAAAACAAGAGGAUUUUUAUAUUCUUUGUAGUAGAAACGGACAAAGAAUUUUCGCACCAGCAAUCAUGAAUUUAACGUGAUCACACAUUAUUAGUACAUUCUAAGUUAAAUGACGUAAUCACAUUUUAAACUAUUGAACAGUUUAGCUAAAAAUCACAAUUUUUUUACAAAUAUCUUUAUAGGUGAUAUUUGCAAUAGCUUGUAUUGGUCAAACUUGGGUUUCAUGGUUCUACUCUAAGGUCCUUAAUAGAAAAUGGGGUCUUGAUA